AUGCAUUUCAGGGACAGCAAGAGAAAGGUCGACUAUGUGUUAGCCUACCACUACCGAAAACGCCUUGCUCGGCACCCGGCUGGUGUGGGCUCACCGGAGCCGAUGCACGGAUCCGCCUCCUUGGCCCUGGUUUCGAACGGAGGGAGCGGGAAGGGCUGUGUGGAGCUGCAGCAGCAGGAUGGUGGCCAGCAUGCCCCCCAGGAGCCCCCGAGGCCACUGGGGGUGGAGGUGAUUGAGCUCGGCCCGCUGGACACCCUGGAGGAGGAGAAGCGGCUGCAGCGGGAGGAGUACGAACGCAGCCUGGUGGAAGUGGGGCUGGAGAUAGAGAAAGACCCUGAGAAUAAGAGCCAAGGAUUGAGUUUUGUCCGUAUACAUGCACCUUGGCAAGUACUUAGUCGAGAAGCAGAACUCCUUAAAAUAAAAAUGCCCACUAAAAAGAUGUAUGAAAUCACAGAAGAAGGGGGAAUACUCAAAACGUUAAAUGAAAUAUGGUGCAAAUUGACUAAACCUCUGCAACCCCAGGUGCCACAACAAGAAAAUACCAACAUGAAAACCCUGUCUUACCCAUUUUCCAGAGAGAAAAUAUAUUUGUAUAACAUUAAAGACAAAGAGACCUUUUUUGACAAUGCUACCCGCAGCCGAAUAGUACAUGAAAUUUUGAAGCGCCUAUCUACAAAGGCCAGAAACAGCACGGGUAUUGGCACAUUAAUAGCAAACCAUGUUUAUGAUGCAGCAUACCCACUUCAUGAUGGUGAAUAUGAAGGCCAAAAUGAUGACAUGAAUGAAAGAAAGUUGCUGUAUCGAGAAUGGGCAAGAUACGGAGUAUUUUACAAGUUUCAGCCUAUUGACCUCAUAAGAAAGUAUUUUGGAGAAAAGAUAGGACUUUAUUUUGCAUGGCUGGGUUUAUAUACAGAAUUCCUCAUUCCAUCUUCAGUAGUCGGGAUUAUUGUAUUUCUUUAUGGAUGUAUAACCAUUGAGGGUGACAUUCCUAGUAGAGAAAUGUGCGAUCAACACAAUGCCUUCACCAUGUGCCCCCUGUGUGACAAGUUCUGUGAUUACUGGAACCUCAGCUCUGCAUGUGCUACCGCUCGAGCUAGCCACUUAUUUGACAACCCCGCCACAGUCGUCUUCUCCAUCUUUAUGGCUCUCUGGGCUACUAUGUUCCUUGAACAAUGGAAGCGUUUGCAGAUGAGAUUGAGUUAUUUCUGGGAUCUAACUGGACUGGAGGAAGAAGAAGAGCAUCCCAGACCAGAGUAUGAAACCAAACUGCUGCAGAAAAAACUGAAAAAUAAAAACAUCACAACAGAAAAUUCAAAUGAAGAUGAAAAGGAGAAGUUGACAUGGAGUGACCGUAUGCCUGGAUAUGCAGCAAACUUUGGAUUGAUUUUAUUUAUGAUCAUGCUGACGUUUUCAGCAGUGUUUGGUGUGAUUGUAUACCGAAUCACAACAGCAGCAGCUUUGUCAUUCAGCACAAAUGAGACAACCAGGUCAAAUGUUCGAGUGACUGUGACCGCAACUGCUGUCAUCAUUAACCUCGUUGUGAUACUAAUACUUGAUGAAAUUUAUGGAGCUGUUGCCAAAUGGCUAACAGAAAUUGAGGUACCAAAAACAGAGAAAACCUUUGAGGAGAGACUGAUUUUGAAGGCAUUCCUCCUGAAGUUUGUGAAUUCUUAUGCACCAAUUUUUUAUGUUGCCUUUUUUAAAGGAAGAUUUGUUGGUCAUCCUGGUCAUUAUGUAUAUGUGUUUGAGGGUUAUCGAAUUCAAGAGUGUGCUCCAGGAGGCUGUUUGAUGGAACUCUGUAUUCAGCUGAGCAUCAUUAUGCUUGGAAAACAACUGAUUCAAAACAAUCUGUUUGAAAUUGGAAUCCCGAAGCUAAAGAAGCUCUUCAGGAAGCUGAAGGAUGAAAGAACUGAGCCAAAGGAAAUGGACACCAACCAAUCAAAGGACCCUCAGCAAUGGGAUCUUGACUACCUCUUGGAACCUUUCACUGGGCUGACUCCAGAAUACAUGGAAAUGAUUAUCCAGUUUGGCUUUGUCACACUCUUUGUUGCCUCCUUCCCUCUGGCACCUCUCUUUGCUCUUCUGAACAACAUCAUAGAAGUCCGGCUUGAUGCAAAAAAGUUUGUUACUGAAGUGAGGAGGCCAGACACAGUAAGAGCAAAAGAUAUAGGAAUUUGGUAUAACAUUUUGAGUGGCAUUGGAAAGCUGUCAGUUAUCAUUAAUGCUUUUGUAAUUGCUGUCACAUCUGAUUUCAUUCCACGCCUUAUGUAUCAAUAUGCAUACAGUCAAAAUGGAACCAUGCAUGGCUUCAUCAAUCACACGCUCUCAUACUUCAAUGUCAGUCAUCUCAAGGCUGGAACACAGCCAGAAAACUCCCCGUUUGCACAGGAUGUUUUAUUCUGCAGGUUCAAAGACUACAGAGAACCACCUUGGUCCCAAAAUCAGUAUGAGUUUUCUAAACAGUACUGGGCGGUUUUAUCUGCUCGCUUGGCUUUUGUUAUUCUCUUUCAGAACUUGGUGAUGUUCCUCAGUGUUUUGGUUGACUGGAUGAUUCCUGACAUCCCCAAGGACAUCAGUGAACAGAUCAAAAAGGAGAAGAGCGUGCUUCUUGACUUCUUCCUGAAGGAAGAGCAUGAAAAACUGAAGCUGAUUGAAAGUUUUAUCGCACCCGACAAGCAGAAACACAAAAGUGGGACCAAAGGCGAAAGGAUCCGGGCUGCCAGCUUCUGUCAGUUUAACCGAUGUCAGAAAGGCAGCUUUGCCUCCUUUAGCUCACAGCACACAGAAGUGUGA